ACAAUCAUGGCAGUCUACAGCCAGAUUUACAACACCGUCUUUAAGCGGAACUCGGUCUUCGUCGGGACCGUCUUCUUUGGCGCAUUCGCUUUCGGCCUCGGGUUCGACACGGUCUCGCAGAAGCUCUGGGAGAGCCACAACCGAGGAAAACUCUGGCACGACGUUAAGCCGAUCUUUGUCAAGGAGGGAGGCGACGAUGACGAGUAAGGGAUAGAAAGCGAAAGCGGAACGAUGUGGGACGCAUGGCAAAAUCAUCAUAUUCAGACCAGGCUAGGCUUUCGUGUGAAAGGAUGACUGAAAAGGGGCUUGGGCGAGGCGAAGGACGAGGUGCAGGACUAUGUGAUACAGGGCAAAUUUACAAUUGCUGGCUAAGGAGGAGCUGGCUGGCUUCGAGACAGCCGCCAACCUCGUCGGCCAUGGGGAUGACCAUGUCCCAGUGCUUGGACAGGC